AUGUACAUUCCAACGCGUCCGACGCUUCCAAUUGAGCUCCUCGAUGAUAUUGUUAGCACAGCAUGGGGUGUCGUUGACGCACAGAGCAUCUCUCGUAUCGCGCUCACGUCGCACGUAUUCCAUUCUCUCGUCAACAAGUGCCGCUUUGGACACCUAAUCCUACACCGUACUGGAGCAUCUCACGACGUGGAGCACACCGGGAGGAAAAUGACAAGGUUGGCGGAUCUCGUUCGGAGUGGUCGCGCUCAUGAGCGGUUGCCGAACCUAUGUUCAUUUGUAACGACCUUUGAGGUGGAGUUGAUUGGUUUCCGAGACCUCAUUAUGCCCACUCUUGAGGACGGAAAUUUUGCGUAUAUUCUAGAUAAUUUGUUCCGGGCCAAUGACCCACCUGAUGAUUAUGUUCAAUCUUCGUCAAUUUACUCUCUAUCGCUCUAUGUGUACCGUAAACGAAGGCAACCUGCUGAUUCUGACCUACCACGGUACGAUGACUCGGAGGGCGAUGCGUACGAGGGCCUGGCGUGGGAGUCUCUCGAUCCAGUUCUUAAACGGGCACUGGAGAAUAUCCUCCGCUUUUCAAGACUAAAUCGAUUAUGCCUAAACGUGAUGCGCAGAUUACCUCGAGAUUUCUUGCGACAUUCCGGGAUCAAACAUCUUUUUCUUCGUCGGUGCUCCAUAUCAUAUUCACCUUUACGCCCUUACAAUGAUUCAGACUACUCCGGAGAUGGCGACUGUAUAUUACAGCUGGAGUCACUGGACAUUGAUGGGUCUGUUUCUUGUGUUGACAUAGAACAGAUAGUUGCUUGCCACGUAACCACCCUAUCAGUCAAAUCCCCGAUGUCAAUCCUUCCAGUACUGACAAAGCUGGCAAUGGAUAUUACAUGCCAUGAAGAAUUCAGGGAUUUCAACGAAAUCCUUGAGCAGGCGCCUUCCCUACGAGAGUUGUCUGUCGGAUUAAAAAUGACGCAAGGUAUUUUAUUUGCUUGA